AUGCAGGAGGAGUAUCCUCACAUGGCGGGGUCUUCUCCUUCACCUCGUCCAGCGAAACGUCUCAGAGGUGCAAAUCUGUUGGGGUCUCAGACGUUUCGCGCCUUCUCUGAUUUGGAGAUCGACCCUCCUGCCCCACAUAUCUUGGCGCCGGCACCCGUCAACCCGAACGCGAUCACAAUGCCAGCCAUGUACGAGCACUACAUGCAGUGGGGUCGUAACUCCUUUCCGGACUUCGCACCGGAGACCUGCAAACUCGUGUCCAUUGCCAACUACAUCUGUGACAUGGAUGCCGCAAACUAUUGCAUGUCUAACAAACAGAAGCUUAUGUUGGCUAUGUUGAUUGAUGGCCAUAACUGGAGGGCUCAUUGUCGACAAGCUUUUCGGUACGAGGACGGUGCUUGGGUUCGCUGUGAGAACUUGUCCAUCGAUGCAUGGGAUUUGCUGAUGGCCUUGGAGGGCUUGUUUGUUCAAGUCUCUCUGGACUUGGCGGCGGCAGAGCGAGAGUCCCAAUGGAGUUGGGAAGCCGCCGGCGCCGAAGUGCUCAAUGUGAUUCGACAUCUUCUUCAACAGUCCGUGGAUGUGAUUAAAGAGCUAUGUGGCGUCGCCAAGGCUAACAGUGAUCAUCUUCGCAAAGCUACAGGAAACAAGGCGUGGCAUGCCAAAUGGUCUCGCCGUGUCGCCGAUAUGCUCGCUCAAUAUCGGAAGACAUGGGAAAGCGAAAUCUCCUCAAAGCCUCUAACAAAGUUGUUUCUCUUGGAGUGGGAUACACCUAUGCCUAGAUCGACAGGCGUCUGUUUCACGGACGUGUACCUCGACGAGAAUUGGGAUGUGGCUCCGAAAGCACGUGAUCGGAAUUCCUACUUGAAACUGAACUACCGCUACCUGUAUGAACAUGUGAUCGCACAGAACCCCAACAUUGAUAUCAACAACUUCCGUAUCAGGCUUCGUCUCUUCCUCGAGUCUCUGUAUUACAAGAACGAACAUGGAUUCCAAAUCAAGUUGUGCUUCCUCCACGCAGCCUUCAAGCGAGUAUGCACUUCCAGAAUGAUCUUCCAGAUCGGCAAAGGUGGCGAUGGUAAAGGAAUGGAGGCAAUAUUGGAUCGCACCUUGUUCGGGGACCUUGCUUCCUCCACAUUGGAUUGUGGGGUCUUCUUGGACCGAUCGGAAUUCCGCAAAUCUGCGGAGUUGGCAUGGAACAUGGCCAAUGUUCGCAUCCAAGAGAUGGAUCAUAAGUCUUCCUUCCAUGCCGACCUAUGGAAGCGAUUCGUAGUUGACGAAGACAUCGACUGUCGGGUCAACUACGGCUUCACCACUAAGCGCAAAUUUGGUGAGAGCUUGAAGGUGCAGGAGUUAAACUAUGACAACAUACCCACAAUUGAGGAAGCUCGCGAUCGCAACAAAUGCUGCCAGCAACUGGAGAGACGCAUCGUGUGUCUUCGCAUGGGGAAGGGGAAACUCGUCAGUGAUGUCAAUGAGGUGGACACAGACAACGGCGUCUUCCUGUUGAUUCCACAGGACGAACUAUCUGCUUUCCUAUCACAUGAGAUAACGGCCGCCCUGUUCCUACGGGAAUACUGCAUUCCGUUCUUCCAGGAAACGUCGUUAGCAGAGUCUUUGAGAAUGAUCAACGACCUCGCCGGUGUUCAUGCCGAUCUUGUUCGUGAUACCAAGUGGCUAGCUUCACGCCUUGCGGGCGGCAAUGCUCCGCCUCCUGGAGACGAGACGGAUGAUGUGAAUUCCUCCGAGCUCUUGCGUCUGCCCGAGCUCCGCCUGCCCGAGAUGCCGCCGAAGAAGGGCAAGAAGGCGGAGGCAGCGGCGGCCAAGAAGGCCCGUCAGGAGGACAAGGAGAAGGUUCAGGUCCGAGAGGCGAUCGCCUUGCAGCAGAGGCAGGGCCAGGCUCAGAUUCUGAGCGAGCUCAUGGGCUACUUCGAGUCCCACCCGAGCGAAGCCAGCUUUAUGCUGGCUAACAUCAAGGCCGGGCACAUGGACUUCAACAACGAGCCCGAGCCGUCCGAGACCAAGCUGCCGGGCCACAUGAACAAGGUGAAGCUGUUGAGCAAGGAGGUCAGUCUGGGCAUACUGUCCGAGCUCAACAGCGGCCUGUCCGAGUGGCUGAGCACGACAACGGUGCAGCCGGCGCCCGAGGACGGCGGGAGGCAGAAGUCCUUGUCGAGGCUGGAUGUGGCCAGCGUGCUGGGUUACCUCUGUGGGAUGGACCCUGCGAGUGCUCUGCCGUGCAAGAGCCUUGGGCGACUGACGAGGAAGCUCAAGGAGCGGUACGAGUUACUCGGCGCCCGAGGGUCCACCUUCCGAGUGUCCGAGCAGAAGACGUUGAAGGACUUCUGGGCGGAGCACAGCUACUGGAGCCUCGAGAAGAUCGCGGAUGGGCAGUUCAACCUCGUCGACAACACCUUGGUCACAUCCGCCGCCCGAGCCAAGACCAAGGUCAAGCUUCCGGCCGAGCUCUGUGCAGGAGGUGACCCCGUCUUGGCCGAUCCCUUCCUGUGGGCCAAAUGCACAAUCAAGCGGGGAGUGUGCGUCCGAGCUGUGGGUCAGCUGCUGGAGGAGAUGAAGAUUCAAGACCGCUUCGCGGUGAGUCGGCCCCUCGUGCUGAAGGAGUGUGACGGCGGCCCCGAGACUCCUACCAAGAAGAAGAUCACCACUCCAAACGAGGCGUCCGAGAAAAGCCAGCAGCCGGGUCCCACAGCGAACAAGACGCCCCAGUCUCGGAAGAGAAAGCGGCUUCAAACUUCCGAGUCCCCAGGCUCACCCAAGACGCCUCGGAGGCGGCUGUUCUCGCCCGGAAGCAACGGUGCCGGGCCCGGGCCGAAGGCAAAGUCGCGUCCGAGCACUCCCAAGUCCUCCAACAAGGGCGAGAAAGACGAGGCAGAUGAGGAGCUCCCCGAACUCGAGGAGAACGAGGGCGAGCCUCCCGAGAACGGCGACGGCACUUUUCAAAUGUGA